GUGUGCGGCAGUGUGGCCGCUGCGCUCGGAGGCUGAGUUCGGGUCUGCCGCCACCUCCUCCGCCGCCGCCUCCCGCCUCCCGCCUGCCGCCCGCCCGCUCGCAGGAGGCGCCGACACAGCCCGGGCGCCCGCAAACUUUCACGCAACAAAAGGGCAGACCGCGGCUGCAAGGCAGCGCUCGCCGCGCAGCACCAACAAUGCCGACCAUGAUAGAGAAAGGGCCCGAGGUCUCGGGCAAGAGAAGAGGAAGGAAUGGGGCUAAAAGUUUUGCGGGGGGAGCCGCGACCAAUGGCAAUAACUCCUGGGAAGAGGCGAGCAGCGGUUCUGAUGAUGAGCACGGUGGAGGAAUGCGAGUUGGCUCGCAAUAUCAAGCAGUUGUCCCUGAAUACGAUCCCGAUGUUGCAAAGCAAUGUCAAGAAAGGGAUAACCUUGGAAUGCUGGUCUGGUCACCUAAUCAGAAUGUCUCUGAGUCUAAAUUGGAUGAGUACAUUGCAAUAGCAAAAGAGAAGCAUGGCUACAACAUGGAGCAGGCCCUAGGCAUGCUCUUUUGGCACAAACAUAACAUUGAGAAAUCCUUGGCUGACCUUCCAAACUUCACACCAUUCCCAGAUGAGUGGACUGUGGAGGACCGGGUACUCUUCGAGCAAGCAUUCAGUUUUCAUGGGAAGACCUUCCACAGAAUUCAGCAAAUGCUACCUGACAAAUCCAUAGCAAGCUUAGUAAAGUUCUAUUACUCAUGGAAGAAGACACGAACAAAGACUAGUGUAAUGGAUCGUCAUGCUCGCAAGCAAAUGAAAAGGGAUAAAGAAGGAAGUGGUGAUGAAAUUGAAGAAUCUAAUGUAAAUACAAGCAGUGUUGUUGAUAGUGAAAUUGAUCCAAACAAAGAGGCAAAGAAAGAGCAGGGCUCUCAAACUGUGAAAAGUGUCCCAACAAAGAAAGAGACAAGAACAGUCCAAGGAAAACAAAGAAUAAGUCAGAAACCUCCAAAGGGGAUGUUUCUUCUUCAAGAAGAUCUUGAUGCUUUGUCUGCAAGUUCUGGUGCUGCUAACACGGUCCUAAGGCAGCUUGAUAUGGAACUGGUCUCUCUUAAACGUCAAAUCCAGAAUGUGAAACAAAUAAAUGGUGCUCUGAAACAAAAAUUACAUGGUGGGAUAGAGGAAUUCAAGCCAUUGGAGACAAAUCAGAAAGUUAAUGCUCGUUGGACAACUGAAGAGCAACUACUAGCUGUGCAAGCAAUAAGAAAAUAUGGCCGAGAUUUUCAAGCUAUUUCAGAUGUAAUUGGCAAUAAGACAGUUGUACAAGUGAAAAAUUUCUUUGUGAAUUACCGUCGUCGUUUCAACCUUGAAGAAGUUCUUCAGGAAUGGGAAGCAGAACAUGGUAGUGGAGAAGCAAAUGGAAACAUUGGUGACAAAUCCCAAAAUUCUCCGGAUGUUACUACUAAACUUUCUGAAGAGGAAGAGGAGGUUCCUUCUGUGCUUGAUGUAAGAUACCAUUCUGCAUCGUGAGAAUGACAUUCAGUAGAUGACCUGAACUUGCUAUCUGACUGCUGUUUUGUCCAGGUCAUCCAACAAUGCCAAACUUCAACCAACCACCUCCACAAACUCACCAGGACCAGCUUCCAGCUUAACACCAAAAAGCUGCAAUAUUCACAAUUGGACCCUUCUGCCUUACCCUGACUGUCACCAGGAAACUUCUACUUUUCAUCAGAAUCAUGAAAAAAAAACUUUGGUUCUGCAUGCUUCUAAACAAAAUAUGGAGUUCACAAAAACGUUUGUGAAUGUAUUGUUUUACACUUAACCAGUUCAUGAUUUAAUGUCCACAGGGCAUUAAUAAUUUGUAUAUUUUUGGAAUGGUGACUGCCAUUAGACACAUCUUUGAUACUUCCCUCACAAAUAUUUUAUGAUUUAAUGUGAAUGCCAUGAUUGUAUAUUGUAUUAACUGGCGUACAGAAAAUGGAUGUCGGAACUGUCUCUAAAUUAUUGGGUACUUUAACUGUAGUUUGGACUGUCUCAUAGACUUUAAACAUACCUCCCAUGUCUGAGGAAACUUGAAGGGCCUUUAACUAGCAUUUUCACAAAAAGAAAAAAAUGAUCUGUUUUUAUUUAAGUUUCAUCUAGUUUGCUGUACAGUUUUUUAGAGUAGUUCUUCCACAUCAAGUAUGGAGAGAACUUUAACUUGAAUAUUGCAGUUACUAUACUGAAACUGAUCAUAUUCAGGUAUAGAAUAUUAGCACAGCUAAGCUGUAUGGAGUUCAUUGCAGAAUUAGGUGUGCUAACCAUAUGGAGUUCCUGCUUAUUCAGUAUGAUAAGGGUUAAGCACAAUGCGCUACAGAUCCAUUGGGUUCAACAAAGUCAUUUGAGUCUAUGCAUGUUUUUGUGUAAGAAUGGGUGUUUACAAUUUCUACUUUAAUAUUUGCCUGAAAUGCAAACCAUUAUUAGUCCUUUCUGGGAGUAAUAUUCCAGCAUUUAGAAUUUUCUAAAUUAAGUUUGUUAAAAUUGCUUAUGGGUUGCUGCUGAUAUGUAGUGAUGUUUGCCAGAAUUUCAAAAAAAAAGGAUUUAGUUUGCAAUAAAUUGAGCAUGUUUUUAUAUAGCCUCUUGAUGUGCUCAAUAGGAUGUUCUUUUUUAAAAGAAAAGUCAAUGUGUUUAUAUUGCAGAUUUAUAUUUUAUUGCCUGUUACUGCUAAUUUUAACUGAGAAAUAAUUGUUAGUGAGAAAUAAUUCUAAUUAUUUCCAAGGUUUUAAGCAUUAUGUAUCAUGGUUCCACAUUGAGAAAUGGUUAUAUUACAGUACUGCUUUGAAUAUUGGGCAGGGCUCUUGCUAACUGUAUAUUUUUAAGAAAAUAUAAUUAUGUUAUUGCAUUCAGUAAAAGUGGGAAGGAUAAACAAUCAUCGAUCAAAGAAAGAACAAAUUGAAAAUUUCUAAAUGCCACUUGUAUAAAAUUGUACUUCUAACUUCUCAAUAUGCACACAAGAGUUUUGAUAAAGCAAAAUGGCUUUUGAAGGCCAUUUUCAAAAAGAAGUAACUUAAAUCAUUUCUAUUUUUCUAUGGUUUAACCUUCCAGAAUCUUGUAUUUUUUAAUGAGUUUUUGUGCUUGUGAUUGUUGGAACAGUCAUGGAAAUGUCAUAAAAUAUGCAGUGUCCGGUAUAAACAUUUAUAGCUUAAAGAGGGGGAAAAAAGUAAGUACUUGGUUUCAAGUUGCAAACAUUAGCUAAAAUGUCUUAUGUUUGAAAUGCCACCUUGAAAAUUAAAAAAAAUCCUUGCAUAAAAUACUUGGAUACCAAGACAGUUAAUUAUUUACAAACCACACUAUGCAAAACAAAAUUAUCCAUUGUAUUCCAUUAAAGUGAAUAAACUUUAAAGAAGUUAGCCAAGUUAAGCAAUGAUUAAAGUAUUUUGAGAAAAAUGCCAUUAUAGGCAGACUAUACGAAUAGGAUACCUUGUGUGCUUUGAGAAGUUUGAGGAGCAAAUGGUCACCUUACAAGUUAUAACAUAUUGUUUUUAGAUGUUCUGUCAUUUGUUUCCUCUAAAUUUAAAACUCAAGUGGCUAUUUAAACAAAUUUAUAAGUUUUUAUUUUUAGAUUAUCUUUCUGAGUUGACAGCCAACUAAAGUAACUCAAAGUGUGAUUACAGUUAAAUAAACCACUAUUUGAAAGUUUC